AUAUUUUAUUAGGGUUAAUAUAGUAAUUAAAAUAUACUAGCUAAAAAAAUGUCUUAUUUAGCUAAACCUCCCUAUUUCUAUUUAUCAUUAUUUUAUGAAUUAAAGGAGAGGUUCUCGGUUAGUUUGGAUUUUGUUUUAUCUUUUAUUUUUUUUUUUUUUUUUCUAUAUAUACCUCGCUAGGUUUUUGCUUUUACUCGUCCUUGCUUAUGACUAUUUGUUUGAUUCCUGAGAAUCUCAUAUCCCUUGUUCGUCUUUUUUGAUGUUUUCAGGAUUUUAGAUUUCUCCGGAUGCAAAAAUCUCUUAAUUAUGGACAGGAUAAGUCAGUUGCAUGAUGAGCUUCUUUUGGGAAUAUUGUCUUUACUGCCUAAUGCUAAAGAUGUUGUGGCCACAAUGGUUUUGUCAAAACGGUGGCGAUUUCUUUGGAUGAUGGUUCCAAGGCUUGUAUACGAUGGUAGCUAUCAGGAUAUUGAUCAUGGAAAAUUUUUGACCUUUGUAGACAGGUCUUUGUCACUGCACAAGGCUCCGGUUAUAGAAACUUUGCAAUUUAAACUUGGUAAAACCUGUGGUAGUGGAGAUACUCUGCAUCAAGCUUCAGAAAAAUGUUGCGUGCGUAAACUGAUUAUCGAGAUUGAUACUUCUUCUAGUAGUAAGACUCCAGUCACACUUCCUAGUAGCUUGUAUAGUGGGGGAUGUACAAGGUUUGUGACCUUGAAACUAAGUAACGCGAUCCUCAUGGAUGUUUCUUCCCCAAUUUCUUUCCCAUCCCUCAAAAACUUGAGUCUUAUAUCCAUGAUAUACCAAGGUGGUGAUGAAUUUGUCAAAAGGCUUUUAUCAAGUUGUCCUGUUCUUGAAGACUUGGUAGUGGAGCAAUGUCCAGAUGACAGUGUUGCCAUUUUCACCGUUAGAGUACCUUCUCUUAAGAGUUUAGUCUUGCACAAAAGAAGGAACAUAGUUAAAAACAAAGCUCAUGGGUUUGUGAUAGAUGCUCCUUCUUUGAAGUGCUUGGAGAUUCUUGAUUAUUCGUAUGGGAUUCAUAUAGUUGAGAAUAAUAUGUGUAAAAUUGCCACCGCAAGUGUCGACAUUUAUUCUCCCCAAACUACGGAGCUUUUGGGCUCUCUAACUUCAGUCAAGCGUCUUUUUCUCUGCUUACCAACCUCAGAGGAUGCGUAUCCUGUUGGUAAUAUAUUCUGCUCUCUUGUACAUUUAACUGUAUGCAUAUGUCAGACAGAAUGGUUGAAUGUACUCAUACGUGUGCUCAGAGACUCCCCAAAUUUAAAAACUCUCAUAAUUCAAGAGAACCAUCACAUUCGGGCUGGUGAGCCGCGCCCGUGCUGGAAUAAAACGAGGUUGGUGCCUGAAUACCUAUUACCUAGUCUUGAAACCUUUGAAUGGGUAUAUUAUGAAGGAACAGAAACAGAUAAAGAAGUAGUAGCAUUCAUCUUAAGAAUUGCAAGUUCUUUAAAGCAGGCCACUAUUAAGUCCUCUAAAUCCAUUGACCACGACAAGAAACUUGAGAUGCUCAAGGAUUUUCCGGUAUCAUCCAGGCGUUCACCAGCCUGUCUCAUUGCAUUCUUCUGGAAUCUUAGAUCGGAAUUUUAGAUAAGAAAUUAGAACACUUGUUAUGUUUAUCUCCUUUUUUAUAUUUGGCUCAUUGAAAAUUUUUAACUCUACGUGCUGGAAGAAGAAAACCUAAAGAUAUAUCUUCUUCUUGUUACUCUUUUAUCUCUUUCGGAUUGGGAAGAGGUUCUUGGAUCUCUUAUCUUCCUCAGACUGUCAGACAGGUUUUGCUCUGUUGGUGACUAACACACCUCUG